CGCUGUGGCGCCCGCGCGCACCGCUUCCCGGCGCCCCAACUCGCCUCGCGCGUCCGGCCGCCCGCCCGAGCGGCUGCGGGCGCCGCCUCACUCCUCCCCAAGAUGGCGGCCGCGGCACUGCUCAGGGGUGCGGCUCCAGGGUGCGGCGGCCCGGCCUGGAGCUGGCGGCUGCGCGCGGCUCCGAGGCGCCACCUGGCUCACAGCGGCUGCUGUCAGGGCGCUGACUCCGCUAGCGGCGCAACAUGGGCCUGCUUUCUGCUAGGCGAGCGUGCCCUCGUGCGCGUGCGCGGGCCGGACUCGGCGCCCUUUCUCCUAGGCCUGCUGACCAAUGAGCUGCCGCUUCCGGGUCCUGCGGCGGGCGAGGCGUCAGCUUCGGCCCGAGCGGGCUACGCCCACUUUCUCAAUGUGCAGGGACGCACUCUCUAUGACGUCAUUCUCUACGGGCUCCCUGAGCGCUCCGGUGAACAGCCCACCUUCCUCCUGGAGUGCGACAGCUCCGUGGUCGAUGCGCUGCAGAGGCACCUCUUGCUGCACAAGAUCCGGCGGAAGGUUACGGUGGAGCCGUGCCCCGAGCUGCGCGUGUGGGCCGUGCUGCCGCGCGCCCCGGGGGAGGCCGGCGGGGCGGUGCCGCGGAAGACGGCUGAGUGUGCAGACAUCCUCACCCGUGAUCCCCGGACUGCCUGCAUGGGCUGGCGGCUCCUCUCCCAGGACGAGGGUUCAGCCUUGGUGCCCGGGGGCCGUCUUGGGGACCUCCAGGAUUAUCACCGGCACCGGUACCAGCAAGGUGUUCCCGAGGGUGUCCACGACCUGCCCCCAGGAGUGGCGCUGCCCCUGGAGUCCAACCUGGCCUUCAUGAACGGCAUCAGCUUCACCAAGGGCUGCUACAUCGGCCAGGAGCUGACAGCUCGCACCCACCACAUGGGUGUUAUCCGGAAGCGCCUCUUCCCAGUCCAGUUCUCAGGGGCCGUUCCUGGCGGCGGCAUUGCCCCCGGCGCCUCUGUGCUCACCGAGUCAGGGCAGGCAGCCGGCAAGUACAGGGCAGGGCUGGGGGACGUGGGUCUGGCCCUGCUGCGGUCUGAGAAAAUUAAGGGUCCUCUCCACAUCAGAACCUCUGAGAGUGGCCCUGUGGCCCUUACUGCGUCUGUGCCAGACUGGUGGCCCACAGCCACCAAGUAGCCUCGGAUGCCCCUGCGCUCCUGUACGGGGCCUCAUCUACUGCACCCUGUAGCCAGCCCCCACUUCCUUGGGUGGCCCAGUUGAGAGAACACACCCUUGGGGGUCCCCAAGCAUUUGUGGGCCUCCCAAAGCUACUGACAUGGCAGGGGGUGCUCCUGCCUGUCAUGCUUCCUGGGGACCGGCCUGUGCUCAGGGUGGCUGUCCCUUCCUGGAAGCUUUAUGGCUGGAGCAUCAGGACCCCUCCUGAGGACUGAGGGUGGGUGGAAGGGAGCCCUGCACCUGCCUCUCCCCUGGGCAAUGCUGCAGCUUCCGCCAGACCCUGGAUGAUGUUCUGAACCAUACUGACCUGGAGCUGGUUCAUCCGUCAGCCAAGGAGAGAAUGUUCCAGGAUGCCUCUGGGCUGCCCACACCCCUCUGAGCCUGCUUGGGCAGGCUUGGGAAGGGAGCGUCUCAGUAUCUGGGGUGCCUAAAGGGGCAAGUGGACUCUGGGAAUUGUCUUACCAUGUUGACUGGGGGCAUGUCUGGAGGUGGGAAUCUUGUGGGGCCAGGUGGAACGGCAGUGUUUGUGAGUAGAGGCACAGGCAUUGCUCACACCCACCCGAGUCCUCUCAAGCACACCUCUGUGCUCAGUGGCGCCAGCUGGGGGAGCCCCAGUACCGUUUUAUACCACGUCUCCGCAGCUUUGGCCCCAUGGUGGCACGGGCAGCCCCUUCCUCCCCUCCAUAGCCCUCCUGAGCUCAGGGUAGGGAGUGGCUGCCUUGGGACGGCCUGCCCAGGGGGCAGAGAAGAGCUUUUGCUUGCUGUACUUGCUGCUGUUUUCUGACGUAGUCAUGUCUUUAUAAUAAGAGGGUGACUGACUUCCCCGUUUUGAACCACUGACUUUGAUUUUCCCGCUGCAAUGUGAGUCUCGUGGUUACUGGGUGUCCCACCUGAUGCCCCAGAGUGGCUAUUAAAGUGCGACCCACAACCAG